CAUUGCUUCUGUACAAUUUACACAAUUUUUUUCGUGCAAUGUUAAUGUUAGUAGGCUAAGCGAGAUUAAAUAAACAAUAAAUAAAUUAAAUGUCAGUGUGGAUAAACUAGUCUGUGGGUUGGCUGCAAGAAAAGUGAAAUCGUGUGAGGACACAGAUACAUAUCGAGAUAAAGUAAAAAGAUAUAGAAACUGGGGAUGAGCAACUACCGUUAUCAGGGGGCCGGUGUCGGAGGCGGAGGCGUGGCCGGGGUUCGUGGAUACAGUGGGAUCGAGAUGCGCGAGGUAAUGCAUCCGCAUCAUUUCACGUAUGUGAGCCAGUGCGUCAAAUACAUGAUCUUCAUGCUGAACUUUGUGUUCUGGUUAUUUGGCGGAUUGCUCCUGGGAAUCGGAAUCUACGCCUUUAAGGACAAGUGGGAGGAGGCCAACGGGUCGGUGCGGCUGGAAAACUUCUACGAUGUGUUCCUUAACAUCUCCCUGGUAUUGAUCGAAUCUGGCAUGGUCAUCUUCCUGGUCAGUUUUUCUGGAUGUGUGGGCGCUUUGCGGGAGAACACUUUCUUGCUGAAGCUAUACUCCAUGUGCCUGUUGCUCUUUUUCCUCAUGGAAAUGGCCAUCGCCAUAAUUUGCUUUAUUUUUCCUCAGUACAUGAACACCUUUCUUGAAAAACAGUUCACGGACAAGAUCAUCCACUCGUAUCGAGAUGAUCCGGACUUGCAGAACUUCAUCGACUUUGCCCAACAGCAGUUCAAGUGCUGCGGUCUCAGUAAUUCGGGCUACCAGGAUUGGAGAAAAAACGAGUACUUUAACUGCAGCUCGCCGUCGGUGGAGAAAUGUGGAGUGCCCUACAGUUGCUGCAUCAAUUCCACCGAUAUAUCCUCCGGUCUGGUGAAUAUCAUGUGCGGCUACGGCGUCCAAGAGGCUCCCGUGCCGGAGGCCAGGAAGCGGAUCUGGACCAGCGGGUGCAUCGAGGUUGUGAGAGUUCAGGCCGAGCACAAUCUGUACAUGAUUGCCGGUAAUGCCCUGUUUAUUGCCCUCAUUCAGCUGUUGGUCAUAUAUUUGGCUAAGACACUGGAGGGUCAAAUCGAGCUACAAAAGUCGCGUUGGGCGACGUGAGAUCCGGGUCAGCCCGAAUUUUACGGGCCCCACGAUCACACCUGAAUGUUGACAAUGUCGCAUACUCUCAGAAUCCCUAGUUUUAUAAAACCACUCAUUCAUGAUUAGCUCGUAAAAAUUCUUGCACCAGAAAAAAAUUCUGACUGCUUGAUUAUAAAUUUACCCAUUGACCUUGCUAUUAUAUUUCAAAUAUUUAUACAUUAUCUUAAAAAAGGCAUGACAGUCUUAUAGCAAGUGAGGCUUCCAUGUGUCAUAUUCCCAUUUUCGAUUUUUUGUAUACAUUGUGUUUGCAAUUUUUACCGUGCAAUAUUUUUGUUGACCCUUUUUCAAAAGACAACAAACCAUGAGAAAUUAAUAUUUGUAUUAUAUUUUUUAAUAUGCUUUCCAAAAUGCUUUAUUGAUUUGAUAGUCGAUAGUUUGUGGGAUUAUUUUCUGAUAUUCAUCAAUAUUUUCGUUACAAUCGACCCACUUUAAAGUUGAUUUUGUAUAUAUAUAACUAUACAUAAACCCAAUACUUUUUUGAGUAUUUUUUAAUCCAUAUACUACAUAUGCUCAUCUCAAUCCGACCAAACAAUGCCAUAUAUUACGCCAGUGAAUAACUUGAUAAAUCUCGAUGCAUUUAUUUAUACGUAAUGCAAUUAUAGUAAAAAAAACAAUAACCAACAUAGUGAACGAAUCUUGAAUAUCUAUGAAUAAUAGCAAUUUUUAAAUGUAUUAUUAACCUAGAACCCUACAACUGUAGAUUUAUUAUAAUAAAAGACGUAAAAAAAAAUGCAAAAUG